GAGCUGUGCCCAAGCCCCGGAGGGACCGGCAGCGAGCUCUCCCGGCCACCGAGGGUGAGGCGAGGGAAUGAAACUGCCCAUCGCUCUGCCCCUUCCCAGCUCGCUACCCAGGUUCACAUGGGGGGAGGUUGCUGUGUGUGUGUGUGUGGGAGUGUAAAGUGUCUUUUCCUCGGCCAUCUCAAAUCCAACCCCUUUUAAUUCUUUACCCUCCCUCUCUAUUCUUCCCUCCCCUCCCUCGCUUGUCAAUCGUCGGGCAGAGCAGCCCCUGCAGGAGACUGUGUUAAUGUUACGUGGAGCCCGGAGACGCAUUCUGACUGGCGGCUGUGUGUGUGAGACACACACAGAGAGAGAGAGAGAGACACUGAGACAGAGAGAGAGAGAGAGAGACACUGAGACAGAGAGAGAGAGAGAGAGAGACACUGAGACAGAGAGAGAGAGAGAGAGACACUGAGACAGAGAGAGAGAGAGAGAGAGAGACACUGAGACAGAGAGAGAGAGCUCAUGCUGCCAGGGAACCGUUUUUAAUUUUUAAAAUCAUAUAAAAUCAUCUUUUCCACAUCCUCCGGAGAGCACAGCAAGGAAACAAUGGAGCAGGGACAAUUCUGAAACGUGAAUUUGAGAAAUGUCUACACAUAGCUCCAGUGACAUCAAGCCUCCCUGCUUGCCCAGGAACGGACUAGUCAAGAUUCCAGCCCAGUCCAAUGGAUUAGGAUCAGCCAGUAUCACCAAAGGAACCCCUGCCGCUAAGAACCGACUGUGCCAGUCCUCAUCAAUUCCAACAGUGCUCCCACCACCUCUUCCUAACCACAGUGAACUGGCUUCACUCGCCCAGGCAGCACAUGUGCCCUCCUCAUCUCUGUGUGGACUGACUGACUCUAUUCCAUUGGUGGAACCAAACUCUAACAAGACCUCACCAAGUACAUGUCAGCCAUCAGGGUCCAAACGAAAACUGUCACUGUCUUCAAUGGAAGGGCAAUUGCCUAUAUUGGAUGAGAAGAUCAUCAACCGACUCUUCUGGUACUUUUCUUCUUGCGAGAGAUGUGUUUUGGCGCAGGUGUGUAAAGUGUGGAGAAAGGUCUUGUACCAGGUGAAGUUCUGGGAAGGCAUCACGCCCAUUCUCCAUGCAAAGGAAUUGUACAAUAUCCUUCUGAACGGAGAGAAGGAGUUUGUCAACCUGCAAGGAUUUGCCAUCCGUGGCUUUGAUUCUUUCUGCCUGAUCGGAGUCUCUGAUCUGGACAUUUGUGAGUUUAUAGAUAACUACCCCCUCUCCAAGAAAGGUGUGAGGUCAGUGAGCUUGAAAAGAUCGACAAUCACUGAUGCAGGACUUGAGGUUAUGUUGGAGCAGAUGCAGGGGCUGGCCCAUUUGGAGCUGUCAGGCUGCAACGAUUUCACGGAAGCAGGCCUGUGGUCGAGCCUUAACGCACGGAUUACCUCCCUGAGCGUCAGCGACUGCAUCAACGUGGCCGACGACGCCAUCGCCGCCAUUUCGCAGCUGCUGCCCAACCUCACCGAGCUGAAUUUACAGGCCUACCAUGUGACGGACACAGCCAUGGCCUAUUUCACUGCCAAGCAAGGGUACACCACGCACACGCUGCGCCUGAACUCCUGCUGGGAGAUCACCAAUCACGGCGUGGUGAACAUGGUGCACAGCCUGCCCAACCUCACUGCCCUCAGCCUCUCCGGCUGCUCCAAGGUCACCGACGACGGUGUGGAGCUGGUGGCUGAGAACUUACGCAAGCUGCGCAGCUUGGACCUCUCGUGGUGCCCACGCAUCACUGACAUGGCUUUGGAAUAUAUUGCGUGUGACCUGCACAAGCUAGAGGAGCUGAUAUUGGACAGAUGCGUGCGGAUCACUGACACUGGACUUGGCUAUCUCUCUACAAUGUCUUCCCUGCGCAGUCUAUACUUGAGAUGGUGUUGUCAGGUGCAAGAUUUUGGUUUACAACAUCUCUUUGGAAUGAGGAGUUUACGAUUUCUUUCAUUAGCAGGUUGUCCAUUGUUGACUACUGCUGGCCUCUCAGGCUUAAUUCAGCUGCAAGACUUGGAGGAGCUGGAACUCACCAACUGCCCUGGGGCUACGCCUGAGCUCUUCAAAUAUUACUCACAGCAUCUUCCCCGCUGUAUGGUGAUUGAAUAAGGACAGCAGGGAUUGGCUGUUUUCAUACAAGUACCACCCCCAGCCAAACCCAGCACUGAUGACCAAUCAGAGUAAAGCUUGGAGACGAAUCUGCGUCGGCUCAAAUGAUUGGAAAAAUGUUUUUCAUGGCGUCAGGAAUGAGAAAAAAACUGUGAAUAUUAACAAACUGAAAUUCUUUUUGCUUUGGUGUGCACCAGAGUCAUCCCAUUCUCUGUCUGGAUGUGUGAAUUCCACAAUCAUUCCUGCUCAUCACACUGCUCUUUUUAACUAAACGUGGAGUGGUUGUGACCAGGCUUGUUCUGAGCAUGUGCAGCAUUUGCGGGUAGCUGCUGUCACAUGCUGCUGCUGUAACUCUUGUUGUUUCAGUGCUGGAUCUCUGUAAUGUGUCUUAACGUCUGUGUAGAGUUCCGUUUGCUGAAAUGUUUCCCACUGCGGAUGUGAGGCUGUAACUCUCUUGUCAGGAGCGAGUUGUGAUAACCAUCCCUCAUACCAGGAGAUGGAUCUCUUCUGGAGGUGCUUGCCAACUCAUUCUGUUGACUCUAUCUGACUAACAAAGGAAACAUGUCUCCACCAGCCCUCACAUCAGCAGACAAUUCCUUUUUAACUUGGUAUUCUCCUUUUCAGUUACUAAGGCUGGCUGGUUCACCGCUGAAAUCUAUAAGAAGAAGAAAGUGGGGGAGCUGGAUUGAAAUUUAGAUGAUUGAGUGCAAUGGGUGUCAUUUUUCCAUCCAGGUCAAAGGUCAAAUGGAGAGACGGUCAGCAUCAGCGAUGGCCCAUUUCAUUCCUUAAGACUUCAGAGAUGGGCUGAUCUGGACUGUUUUGAUAUCUGCAAGAGUUUGUUUUCAUAGAGACCAAAAGAAGCCCACUCUGAUUCUGUGCCUCCUGUGAGAGCAGGAUGCCUCUGGGACUUUCUUACUGUGUAUAUUUUUCUGUCUGUUUGGAUACUCUUUAAAAAAAAAGUUACAGCUUAUAUUUGCUAAGUGUUUUCCUGUGCUGUUGCCCACUGGCUCGCCUGUGAUUUAUAUACUGCAUUGCUUUAAACGAGUAGGUACAGGAAGAGAUUGAGACAAUGAAAGUGAAGAGGAAGGUGUGCAUUCCAUACGCCACUUGUAAAAGCACCAAGUUCUUCUACCACCCCCUUCCCCCCGUCCCCAAACAAUGAAAUUUUACAGAACCAUUCAAAGCAGAAGCUGAAUAUUAUUUCUAACAUUGCUUUCCGCUGGAUUGUGAUGCCUUUGUUGUGUACAGUGUGAUGCUUCCAUGCUGCAGUAUCCUUUCGGAAAGUCAGUACACUGUCAGUACAAAUAUUCUUAAAAUAAAUAUUCCAAACAAAACACCAAGGCCUGGCUAACA